AUGGGCAGCAUCAGGCGCAUUAAAACCAAGCGGCGCACCCGCGACCUUGACCAAGUCAAAGCAGAUCUCAAGUUCCCCAAACACCUUUCUCAGCACAAAAAUUCCAAGGCAUCCGAAGACUUACCAGGAUUGGGCGCUUUCUAUUGCGUCGAAUGCGCCAAAUACUUUUCGGAUAGUCACAAUUUAAACGAACAUCGGAGGGGAAAAAAUCACAAGAGACGUGUGCGAAUGCUUAGGGAAGAGGCACAUACUCAAAAGAUGGCCGACGCAGCCGUGGGUUUGGGAACGGACAGUCGCCGCUCACAGCACUCGGAGCAAGAAUCGACGAACGAGACCGUGGAAGAUAUCUAG